AUGGAUCGCGAACUUGCCAAAAUGCGCUUCACAGAGCGUCACCACAGUCAUCGGUCUCACACUCGUUCCAGGUCACCUACGCGGCCUAGCUCUAGUCCUCGCGGUAGCCACAGAGACCGCAGUCGAAGUCGCAGACAUCACCGUCGAAGUUCACGAUCACCUGCGCGAAACUCAAGACAUGGCGAAAGGCAUGGGGAGCGGAAAAGCCGUCAUCACGGCGAACGCAGAGAGCUUUCGCCCGUAUCGGCUGCGCCCCCUGUUCUACCAUAUAACGCAAGACAGUUGUCGAAACGUGAUCUUUCAACGCUGGAGCCUAUGUUUGCGAUGUAUUUAGACAUACAAAAGGGAUUGGUAUUAGAGGAUAUGGAUGAAAAGGAAGUUAUGGGAAGGUGGAAGAGCUUUAUCAAAAAAUGGAACCGAGGAGAACUCGCCGAGGGAUGGUAUGACCCUGCAACUUUUGAGAAAGCCAAGGGCAGUUUGGAUAAUACGCGAACCGCGCGUGAUCGCAACAUGAUCAAACUUUCCAGAUCAUCGGAACGACCCAGCAGUAAUGAUGACACUCCGGAUUAUAGAAGAAAUGACGUUCCCAUGGCAGCAAACGAUGAUGACGAUGACGAUGAGGAUUAUGGACCUAAGCUCCCUAGCGGAGCUGUAGCUUCCAGGGGACCUUUAUCUGGACCUACUAUACCGAAUCUCCAAGAUCUUGAACUUCAGCAUGAACAAGCUCGUGCAGACGCCGAAGCAGCUCGCUCAGAAGCUCAUGCUCAUUACAAACAAGAAGCAUUAUCACACAAAAAGCAUCUUCGUGCUUUCGAAGACGAAGUAGCUCCUCGCGCAGAGCCCGGAACGCACGAACGCAAAAUGGAGAAAAAACGGGAGAAGGCUGCCGCAAACCGUGAAUUCGCAUCUGGCCGCCGAGGGGGCUCUCCCACAAUGGACGACGCGCCUGAUUCAGAAUUAAUGGGCGGUGGUGGCGAUGAUGACCUAUCUGAAUUGAAAAAAGCAAAAGAGCAAGAAACGAGGAAGAAGAAUGAGAGAGAAAUGCGCCGUGAAGAGAUCCUGAGAGCGAAGAAGGUGGAGAGAGAGGAGCGGUUGGGGGAGUAUAAAAAGAAGGAAGAGGAAACUAUGGGAUGGUUGAAAGCUUUGGCUAAGCAGCGAUUUGGUUAG